AGUGUGAGAUGGCAGACAGGUUUGCUGAACACCCUCAGAAAGGGGGCUGGAGGAUUUAGCCGCUCUGUCCUCCCCUCCCUGCAGCGCAGGGCUUCCUCCCUAGCACAGGGGCACUAUGGACUCUCCGGGAUACAACUGCUUCGUGGACAGAGACAAGAUGGACGCUGCCAUCCAGGACCUGGGGCCCAAGGAGCUGAGCUGCACUGAACUGCAGGAACUGAAGCAGCUGGCGCGCCAGGGCUACUGGGCCCAAAGCCACGCCCUGCGGGGAAAGGUGUACCAGCGCCUGAUCCGGGACAUUCCCUGCCGCACAGUCACGCCCGACGCCAGCGUGUACAGCGACAUCGUGGGCAAGAUCGUGGGCAAGCACAGCAGCAGCUACCUGCCGCUGCCCGAGUUCGUGGACAACACGCAGGUGCCCAGCUACUGCCUGAAUGCGCGCGGUGAGGGGGCCGUGCGCAAGAUCCUCCUGUGCAUCGCCAACCAGUUCCCCGACAUCUCCUUCUGCCCCGCCCUGCCGGCCGUGGUGGCCCUGCUGCUGCACUACAGCAUUGACGAAGCCGAGUGCUUCGAGAAGGCCUGCCGCAUCCUGGCCUGCAACGACCCCGGCAGGAGGCUGAUCGACCAGAGCUUCCUGGCCUUUGAGUCGUCCUGCAUGACGUUUGGGGACCUGGUGAACAAGUACUGCCAGGCGGCCCACAAGCUGAUGGUGGCCGUGUCAGAGGACGUCCUGCAGGUCUAUGCGGACUGGCAGCGCUGGCUGUUUGGGGAGCUGCCCCUCUGCUACUUCGCCCGGGUCUUUGACGUCUUUCUGGUGGAGGGCUACAAGGUGCUGUACCGCGUGGCGCUGGCCAUCCUCAAGUUCUUCCACAAGGUGAGGGCCGGGCAGCCCCUGGAGUCGGACAGCGUGAAGCAGGACAUCCGCACGUUCGUCAAACACAUCGCCAAGACAGUGUCCCCGGAGAAGCUGCUGGAGAAAGCGUUCGCCAUCCGCCUCUUCUCCCGCAAGGAGAUCCAGCUCCUGCAGAUGGCCAACGAGAAAGCCCUGAAGCAGAAGGGCAUCACUGUGAAGCAGAAGAGGCAGUUUGUACACUUGGCCGUCCAUGCAGAGAACUUCCGCUCAGAGAUCGUCAGCGUGAGGGAGAUGAGAGACAUCUGGUCCUGGGUCCCCGAGCGCUUUGCCCUAUGCCAGCCCCUCCUGCUGUUCUCCUCCCUGCAGCAUGGGUACAGCCUGGCCAGGUUCUACUUCCAGUGUGAAGGACAUGAGCCUACCCUCUUGCUCAUCAAGACCACGCAGAAGGAGGUGUGUGGUGCUUACCUGUCCACAGACUGGAGUGAGAGAAAUAAGUUUGGAGGCAAACUGGGCUUCUUUGGGACCGGAGAAUGCUUUGUGUUUAGGCUGCAGCCUGAGGUGCAGCGCUACGAGUGGGUGGUGAUCAAGCACCCUGAGCUGACCAAGCCCCCACCCUUGACGGCUGCCGAGCCCACCGCCCCGCUCAGCCACUCCGCCUCCUCAGACCCUGCCGACCGCCUCUCGCCCUUCCUGGCUGCUCGCCACUUCAACCUGCCCUCCAAGACCGAGUCCAUGUUCAUGGCAGGGGGCAGCGACUGCCUCAUCGUGGGGGGAGGAGGUGGCCAGGCGCUCUACAUUGAUGGGGACCUGAACCGGGGCCGCACAAGCCACUGUGACACCUUCAACAACCAGCCCCUCUGCUCCGAGAACUUCCUCAUCGCUGCUGUGGAGGCCUGGGGCUUCCAGGACCCUGACACCCAGUGACAGCCUAUGCCACGGUGACUGAGCCGCGGUGGGGUGGUGGGCCAAGGCUGGGCUGCCACCUUGGGCAGCAGAGAGCAGAUGAGACCCCCCAUGUGGUGGGCAGGG